ACUGGCAAUCGGUACGAACUACGAAAGGCUAAGAAAAAUGUCACAAAAUUUUAAACAAGUCUGAAACAACUUCUAGACUUUGUUUGGUAAAUGAAAAUUAUUUAAAAUAUGACGCGACUAAUAUGUUCAAUACGUAUUUAAACCGAAUAUACAAAAAUGUUUCAGAUUCUCAGGCUAAUAUUGUAUAGACUUUGGGUUGUGUCUGCUUUGACAUUGUUUUCUAGUCUUUUAGUGUUUUGGUAUUAUGGAUUUUUCACAGCGUUUGCUAUUUUUAUAGUGGGAAUGUCGGGUAUAUUGUACAAUGCCCAAGACUUGCUGCUGUACUACCCGAACGAUCCGCCCGACUCGCGCGUAUUUGUGCUGCAACCGAGUAACUACAAGCUUCCGUACGAGAGCAUCAAGAUAAACAACAGUGAUGGCGUCAAAAUUCACAUGUUUUUCAUCAAACAGGCGUCCAACAGCAGCCACAUACCCACUAUGAUAUUCUUUCAUGGUAAUGCUGGGAAUAUGGGACAGAGAUUGACAAAUGUUUCCGGAUUUUAUCACAAAUUAAAUAUCAACAUUCUCAUGGUGGAGUAUCGUGGAUAUGGAUUAUCAGAGGGGACACCUUCUGAAAAAGGCCUCUAUAAUGACGCCCAAUCAGCACUUGACUAUCUCCUGCAGAGGAAUGACAUAGAUCCCACGAAAAUUAUAGUGUUUGGAAGAUCUUUAGGAGGCGCUAUCGCGAUUGAUUUAGCAUCAAGAAUAGAGUAUAGAAAUAAAAUCUGGGCUUUGGUUGUGGAGAAUACUUUUACAAGUAUACCUGAAAUGGCACAAAUUAUCCUCAAAUGGAAAUGUUUACAAUGGCUACCACAAUUUUGUCAUAAAAAUAAGUAUUUAUCAGUGAAGAAAAUUGUCCAUGUGUUAACACCAACGCUGGUGAUAUGUGGUUCCAAUGAUGCACUGGUGCCACCAUCCAUGGGUCAAGAACUGUAUGUGAUAAGUGGAGCUGUGUGCAAGAAGCUUGUUAUAAUACCAGGCGGGGGGCACGAUGACACAUGGACCUGCAGGGAGUAUUACCCAGCCAUACAACAAUUCUUAGUAAAUGUCCCUCCAAUGCCUGAUGAAAUAGGCCCUUACUUUGAUGAUAGCCAGGAUAAAACAAUUAGACGUAGUAUAGUACAUACGGUGUAGUACUAUAUGUCCUUUUAUGAUAAAUUAUGUAAUGUUCAUUUCAAAUAUUUUAUAUAGAUAUAAAAUAUUUUAAUAUACAGUCGAAUCCGUUUAUAAUGACAUCGAAAGGAAUUGACAAACACGUCAUAAUAAGCGGACGUCAUACAAAGCGUUUUGUGAAAAAAAUACAUUUUUAUGUAAAUAGUAUGCAUGUAUUUAAGUACUUUAAUAAAGAAACAUAGUAACUUAUAAAAUAAAAAUUGCACGUAAUAAGUACAUACCUAUGUAUGUAUGUAUGUACAUAAAAGUUAUAUUUUUUAAUGUAAGUAAUCUGUAAUUUUUGUCUGCUUUUGUUUUUUUAUUUUUAUUGUAAAAACAGUCUCUAAUACUAUUGUGUAUAGAAGACAUCGCUAUGUCAAUUACUCACUGAGAUUGAAAACAAAAACGAGCCACGUGCCGAACGUCGUCGGGAAUCAAGGAACAUUACUGAAGGCGUAAAGAAUCAUGUCGGUCAUUAUAACCGGACAUAAUUUAUUAAAAAGGGUCACAAUAAGCGACAUGUCACUGUAAGGGAAGUCAUUAUAUACGACUUUUUUAUAAAGAAUCUUAUAUGAAAACCAAACUUCGUAGUGUAAUUACGUCAUAAUAAGAGGUUGGUCAAUAUAGGCAGAGUCAUAAUAAACGGAUUAUACUGUAUUUUUAAAUUUCUGUGAAGCAAUAAUGUGAAUACAUUUAAGUAUUAGCAUGUUGUGAGACUGCAUUUAUGGAUGUAUUGAUAAAUUAAUUUAGGUACAUUGUAUCAAAUUGGUAAAAUGUUUUAAUUUAGAAGUUAUUUUUAGUGGUUAAAAGUCUAGCAAGGUUAUGGACAAAGGCUAAUUGGUCAUUUGGCUCACGAAGCGCCUCGUAGUUCGAUGCCAAAUAUUCUAUCAUGUUUUCAGCCUUUUCUGGAAGGAAUUAUACCCAUCCAGUGCCUGUGUCACCAUGUCAGCAUUGAUAACAUCUAAUAAGCUUUAAAUAAUCUAAAUUCUAGCCAUGCUGUAUAUUACAAUGCAUAUUAACUACCUGUGAGUGAAACUAUCUACAUUAAAGAUUGCCACAUAAACAUAUUGAAUGGUUUGGUUAAUCUGCUUAUCUCUGAAAUAAGAAAUUGGUAGUGAUUAGUUACUAUUAUUUACAUAACUUCUUUCUGAUAACUGAGAAAGGUCCUUAACAUUGUAUAAUUUAUUGUUAGACUGUUUUGCAAUGUGAAAUUGAUUUGAAGCAUCUCUAAGAGCUUAUUAAAAUUGUCAUAUGAAAACUUAUAUGAAACUCGAGGGGAGGGGCUGAGUAACCAGUUUGCUGUCUGCUUGUAUAAUAAUGACCUGUACAUGUAUAUUUUAUUGCAAUAACUAGUUAUAGGCGCAAAAUCUUAACUUGUACCUUGUAGUAAAAUCAUAUGUGCAUGGUUAAGAUAAUGUAAUUGGUACCUAUCAAAUUUGUAAGUAGACCUAACACUUCGAAUGUUUCGGUGUAUAAAAUAAUUCAAAUAUUUUUUGUGACUUUUAGAAAUAAACUUUUAUUUUUUCGUAUAUUA